UCAUGACAUUGAUUUUUUAUUUGUAUUCAUAUAUAUAUUUUUUCCCCAGAUCUUUACAUCGGAUAUUUGAUUAUAUUAAAAAUGGUUAGAUCUUUAUAAUCUUCAUUAGUCAAAUUUUUUAAUCCGAAUUUUCCUUCAUGACUGUGUCUAUAUAAAGUUUCCAAGAACAUUACAAUCCUCGUAAAUCGCUCUCCACCACAUAUUUUUAGCCGCCAGAAGAACUGAUGUAAAUGCAGUUUUGUCCUGUUUUCAAAAAAAAUUAAUCCCGGCGGUGAGAAUUUUCUCGGCAGAUUCUGGAGCAUAUUUCUCUUGGGAACUGUCUCCGAUCUCCUUUUUUUAAAAACAAAACUUUUUGUAGCAAUAAUUUCUUUUUGACUUCAUAUGUAGCAAUAAUUUUAAAAACCAUUACUUGUCCUUAUUGUAGAUUCCAUCGCCGGUCCUGCUUGUAAUAAAACUAAUCUCUAAACUUGGUAAAGAUCAAGCGAGUCCAAAUCAAUCUUACCUAUUUCAACGCCUCUUUUCUUUCUUGAUUUAUAUAAAUUGAAGACUUAAAAGCACAGGAACAAAAAAAAGAGAGAGAGCUCAGUUUCUCGUAAUUGCCGGAGAAUUGUACUUUCAGAAGAAAAGGGUUUGUUGAGCAAUGAAGGGAGCGACGCUCGUUGCUCUCGCCGCCACAAUCGGCAAUUUCUUGCAAGGAUGGGACAAUGCCACCAUUGCUGGAGCUAUGAUUUAUAUCAAUAAAGACCUGAAUCUACCAACCUCUGUACAAGGUCUCGUGGUAGCAAUGUCACUGAUCGGUGCCACGGUCAUCACCACUUGCUCAGGACCCAUAUCUGACUGGCUGGGAAGACGACCGAUGCUGAUUUUAUCAUCGGUUAUGUAUUUCCUCAGCGGUUUGAUAAUGCUAUGGUCUCCAAAUGUGUAUGUCUUGUGCUUAGCUAGGCUUCUUGAUGGGUUUGGCGCCGGGCUCGCGGUUACGCUUGUCCCGGUUUACAUCUCCGAGACCGCUCCUCCAGAGAUCAGAGGACAGCUAAACACUCUUCCUCAGUUUCUUGGCUCUGGUGGUAUGUUCUUGUCUUACUGUAUGGUUUUCACCGUGUCCCUGAGCGAUGCGCCUAGCUGGAGAGGGAUGCUCGGUGUCCUCUCGAUCCCUUCUCUCGUUUAUUUGUUCUUCACGGUGUUUUAUCUGCCCGAGUCUCCUCGUUGGCUCGUUAGUAAAGGAAAAAUGGAAGAGGCUAAGCGCGUUCUUCAGCAGUUAUGCGGCAGAGAAGAUGUCACCGAUGAGAUGGCUUUGCUUGUUGAAGGGCUUGAUAUCGGAGGAGAGAAGACAUUAGAGGAUCUCUUUGUAGCUUUGGAGGAUCAUGAACCACACGAUACGCUUGACACCCUUGAUGAGAACACAGUACGUCUCUACGGAACCCACGAUAACCAAUCCUACAUUGCUAAACCAGUCCCUGAGCAUGAGAGCAUGCGCUCUCGGCACGGAAGCUUAGCACACCAGAGCAUGACCCUUAAAGAUCCCCUCGUGGAUCUAUUCGGAAGCCUCCACGAGAAGAUGCACGAAGCAGGUGGAAGCGGUGUCUUCCCUCGCUCCGGGAGCAUGUUCAGCACUAACGAUGCGCCACACGGCAAACCAGCUCACUGGGAAAAAGACGUAGAGAGUCAAUACAACAGAGACAACGAUGACUACGCGACCGAUGAUGGUGCGGCGGACGAUGACUCGGAUAACGACCUGCGUAGCCCGUUGAUGUCGCGGCAGGCAACGAGCAUGGACAAGGACAUGAUCCCGCACCCUACGAGCGGGAGCACGCUCAGCAUGAGGCGGCACAGCACGCUUAUGCAAGGGAACGGAGAGGGCAGCAUGGGGAUUGGUGGUGGUUGGCAUAUGGGGUAUAGAUAUGACAACGGCGAGUACAAAAGGUAUUACCUUAAAGAAGACGGCGCUGAAUCUCGCCGUGGCUCUAUCGUUUCUCUUCCCGGCGGACAAGACGGUGGUGGCAGCUACAUUCACGCUUCCGCACUCGUGAGCAAAUCCGUUCUUGGUCCUAAAUCGAUCCAUGGAUCCGCCAUGGUUCCCUCGGAGAAAACCGCUCCCUCUGGACCGCUCUGGUCUGCUCUUCUUGAACCUGGUGUCAAGCGUGCGUUGGUCGUUGGUGUCGGCAUUCAGAUACUACAACAGUUUUCGGGUAUCAAUGGAGUUCUCUACUACACACCUCAGAUUCUUGAACGUGCUGGUGUAGACAUUCUUCUUUCGAGCUUCGGACUAAGUACCAUCUCAGCGUCAUUCCUCAUCAGUGGCUUAACAAGUUUACUCAUGCUUCCAGCUAUUGUCGUUGCCAUGAGACUCAUGGAUGUCUCCGGAAGAAGAGCAUUACUUCUGUGGACAAUCCCGGUUCUUAUCGUCUCACUCAUCGUCCUCGUCUUCAGCGAGCUCGUACACAUCAGCAAAGUCAUAAACGCAGCGCUCUCCACGGCCUGUGUUGUGAUCUACUUCUGCUUCUUCGUGAUGGGUUACGGUCCGAUUCCGAACAUCCUCUGUUCCGAGAUCUUCCCGACAAGAGUCCGUGGUCUCUGCAUCGCCAUUUGCGCUAUGGUUUUCUGGAUCGGAGACAUUAUCGUCACUUACUCGCUUCCCGUUCUCCUAAGCUCGAUCGGGCUCGUGGGUGUUUUCAGCAUUUACGCAGCGGUUUGCGUUAUCUCGUGGAUCUUCGUUUACAUGAAAGUCCCCGAGACUAAAGGUAUGCCUUUGGAGGUUAUCACAGACUACUUUGCCUUUGGAGCUCAACCUCAAGCUUCUCUUCCUUCCAAGGAUAUAUAAUUUGUAACCUUGAUUCUUCUUCUUUUGCUCUCUGUACUUAAAGAUUCUCUUCAUCCCCCCCCCUCCCUUUUUUGGUUUCUAAGGUUCUCAUUUCGUUUUCUUUUUUUUUUGGUUACAUUGUUUUGUUAUCGCAAUCAAUUUAUAAUAAUUAAUUUUCUCUCUAUCUUUAACACUUUUCA